UUUUUCCCCCAGAAUAAAUGAUAAAUAAGCGCAAGUAAAAGUUAGCUGAGCAGCUGGAAAUCGAUCCACAUGAGAGUGAAACAUGACUGAAAAUCAAGAGCUAAAUGAGCCUUUACAGGACAGUAAGGCGACAUACGUACUUAGUAAUGUUGCUGAAGUGGUUGAGAGAAUCUUGAAUUUUGUACCGACAAAAUCGCUGUUCCGGAUGGCGAGUGUGUGCAGGUUGUGGAGGAACUGCGCUCGCAGAGUCCUCAGGACGCAGCAGCAGCUGGCAUGGGUGUCGGUCUGUGGACCUUCCACCACUGAGGCUCACUCCCUCUGCAGCACUCUGUCUGAAGAGGUGGAGAAAGUCUUUCUCCUGCCAAAAACAGUUCUGGCUAUGGUGGAUUCUGCUACAUUCAGCGGGCAAGUUUAUUGUUACAGACAAAACAAAGCAAAACGAAGUCGCCAAAGUCCAGACACAGUCGAAGAGUUGAACCUGCUUUUCCCCAAAGGCUGCGACAUCCUGGGUAUUACUGCACCGGGCAUAGUCUUGACUCCUACUGGCUCUUGCUCCAGCCCUCCCCAGGAGUACCAGGAUGGCGAGGCUGGCUUUGCCGUCAUGUUCCCCAGCACUGAGGGCGUCCAGAUCAAGCCCUUUCAUUUUUGUAAGAGGACCAUCUCUCCGACAGCCCUGAAGGAAGCAGGGUUAGUUGAUAACUCGGAGCUGCGUGUAGUGCUCAUAUUUUUCUACGAAGCUUAUAAAACUGGAGGAGCCCGGUUCCUGAAUCAGGUUCUGGAGCCUCUGGCAAAGUCUAAGGCUCUGAUCGCAGGAGGCAUUGUGGAGGGCGUCUUCUCUCCUCCCAGACAAUGCUGCAGUGAAGGUUCUUACGGCGCGGUGGGUCUGGCCCUGAGUGGCCCUAAAGUCCAGGGGGCGUCUGUACUUCUGGACCAAGACGUGAACAGCGCCAAAGCAGCGGAAGCCACCAUUCGCCGUUUAAGCGCAGCCAGGAUUCCAGAGAAAAACACCCUGGGGUUCAUGUUUGCUUGUGUCGGUAGAGGCCAAAACUACUAUAACAACCAGCCUAACGUGGAGGCCGACGCUUUUCGCAAGGUCUUCCCCAACACGCCGCUCUUCGGCCUCUUCGGCAACGGCGAGAUCGGCUGUGACCGUAUCAUUAAAGAUGAUUACACGCUGUGUGACACAGACAUGGACACCCUUCAGCACGAGUACACUACGGUCAUGACCCUGGUCCAUCUGGGCUGACUGGUUGAUAGAUCAGUUUAAAGUUGGAGGAAUUUGUUGUGUUUGCAGCAGAAAUGUAAAGAGCAUUUCUGUCUCUAUACAUAAUAAUAAUAAGAAUGGAGGAUAUCAAACCUUCAAAGCUGAGAGGUUCCCCUUUGGAGACAUUCUGGAGUGUAAAAUACUCUGAUCAUUUUUUUUUUUACAAAUGUAUCUGACAUUCAGUAUGCAUUGACAUGACUCCCUUCUCUUUGACGGUGAGUAUAUAUGUUGGCGUAUUUCUCAAGCAUGUGUAAAGGUUAUUGAUUCCGCAACGGCACUUUUAAUGUAAGUAAAAGAAAUGAGUAUCAGGGUAAACGUAUGCAUCUUUACAUUAACCACUUCUACUCUUUUGGGGGGGUACACCAUUCAGAAUGUACCAAGUGUUACAGCUGGGAUAGGCCCCAGCAACGUGGAAAUAAUUGAAAGGGAUGUUUCAAACAUGGUCCCAGUAAAAGAUGUCAGGCAAACUUCUCAUAAUUCGUGGUUUAGGUUGCAGGUGAAAGCUUUCCAGUGUACUUUGUCCACAUUCCAGAUUAUAACUUGCUGCUUAUAUUUAUGAAUGUUUGGGCUUGUUUAUCAUGUUGCUGUUGAUAAUAAACAUGUUUGGUUCAGAAAA